AGUGUGACCGUGAAGGUCCAGUCGCCUAAAUGCAUUUCUGCAUCUAUAUUAAAUAAUUCAAAACGCAUACGUUAUGCAAAUUAUAGCUAAUAGCUUUUUAUAGGUUUGUUAAUAAUUAUUAAAUAUUAACGGUUGUUCCCCUUAUAUUGGGGAACCUCGCCAGGGGCUGAGACAUCCUUCUUAUUAUUUUAUUUCUAAACGAGAUAAGAUGGGAGGAUUUGGAAUUAAAUGAAAUAUAUAUAUAUAAAAUAUACAUUGAAUUCGCAAGCGAAAUCGGUCUAUAAAGGACACAUAUCUCCAACCACUUCCGCCGGACUCGCCGCCAGUCGUGCCAGGGAAGUACUUGCUUUUUUUCUCCUGAUCCUGAAAGGCGUCGAACCCGCGACCUGUUAAUUUUAUUUUAUUUGCGUUUUUUUUUAUUAUUAGUCAACUUAGUAUUUUCUUAGAAGUAUUUAUAUUAGUUUAUUUUUUUAUAAGCAGUAUUAUUAAAUAUCUCUUUAGAAAAGUACUUAUAUUAGUCUAGUUUUAUAAGUAGUGUUAUUAAACAUUGUAAAAAAAAUUGUUGUUAUUAUUUAUUUAUUAUCAAAUAAAAUAAUAACGUGACAUUGGCGCCUCAACUCGGUUAUUCAGGAUCAGGAAUUUUAGUGGUGUGUGCGUGUAUAUUGUAAACCUUUUGUUUUUUUUUUAUGACUUUUAUUUUGCCUUUUAUACUUUUGCAACUGCAGUGUAUAUAAUGUUUUAAUUUUAGUGGUAUCCUUAUUGUGUCUAAUUUGUAUACGUACAAAAAUAAAAUAUUUUGGUUUUAUUAAUAUAUUUAAUAAUAAGCUUUAUUAAAGCAAAUAUAUACUACAGUUGCACCCUAUUGUUGCAUUUUUUUUUCUCUUUAUUUUUUUUGCUUUCCCGUGUAGUAAUUUUUACGAGCAUCCUUAAAAAAAAAACUUAGGGGAUUACUAUUACCAAAAUUGUAACAGGACGGAGGAUUCUUACUUAAACAAAUUAGUUUUAUUGUAUAAUUAUAGAAUUUUAAACCUGCUCACAUAAACCUAGUAUAAGGAUUUUCUUAGACUUCUUAAAUUAUGUCAUACGAAAUUCAAUUUUUGUCCUUACAAAAAAACGAACUAAGCUAUGAGGUGGCCAUUAGAGGCGGCACACCCGGAGAAAACGUUCAAGAAUUACGCAGGCAGAUAGUCAAAUUAGCCAAUGUGAUGCCUUCGGAUGAUAUUAUUGAAUCUGGGUUUGAGUUUUCUGUAGACGUAGAGGGCAUCCGCGAAAGCCUUAUUAAAGUAGAAACGAAUUUAAAAACAUUAUCAGUGAAAUAUGAUAAAAAUUUAUAUAAACGUACUCAAAACUUACUUAACCAUCUAUUUCAUAGGAUUCAACGUCUGGAUGCUGUAGAUAAAAAGUCUACAGAUAUUCUAGAAAGCCUCAGGCUCAAGCUAAAUACAAAUUUUAAAAACUUAGAACAUCUUAAGCCUGAUACUGAUUCCUCAUCUGAAUUUACAGAUGCUCUUACAAUUACACCGUCCCCUAUUGUUGUUACAUGUGAUCGAGCUCAUUCUUCGGACUUAACUAGUAUUAAGUUUGAUGGAAAAACGUGCGUACUUUCGUUUGUCCAACGUAUAAACGACUAUAUAACAGCCCGUGGUAUUCCCUCUUCUAAAAUUAUAGAUUUUGGAACAGAAAUUUUCGUUGGUGAUGCUUUACACUGGUUUCGCAGUGUAAGAUCACAUGUUACGUCUUGGGAUAGAUUAUGCGAAUUACUGAAGGAUGUUUUUGUUAUUCCUGAUCAUGAUUAUCGCUUAUUAGACGAGAUAAAAGCUCGUACGCAAGGUGAAACUGAGAAUAUUACUAUUUACCUAGCCAUUAUGUCAGGCAUGUUUUCCCGUUUAUUUAAAAAACCUUCGGAGGAAGAUCAGUUAGAAAUUAUUAUGCACAAUAUCAAACCGUGUUAUGCUAGCGCUUUAAUUGCAGUGCCUGAUCUUAAAUCUAUUGAGGUCUUACGUACGGCUUGUAAAAAUUAUGAGAAUGUACAGUCUUGUCUUAAUAAAUAUCAUGAACCUCCUAAAAUAAAUUCAGCCACACUAGCACCCGAAUUUGCAUUUAAGCCACUCACUAAUUUAGCAGAAAAAAAUAAAAUGUACUAUUCUGCCACUAAUAAAUUUAAUUGCAAUAAAGCUUAUAAUAAUUAUAAUAAACCUAUACCUAAUUCAAGUAACCUUUAUAAAAAAUAUUCUCCCAAUUCUAAUGUUUUAAACAACACUUAUCCGCAACGGCAACAAAGAGUUUAUGGUCAUAAUAAACCAAUUGACGCUAUUCAAUAUGACGAAAGUAAACAAAAGUUUUGCCCCCGGUGUCGUGUUGAUACACACAACUUAAGACAAUGUACAGAAAAACGCAAAGUAUUUUGUUUCAAAUGUGGCCGUGAUGAUUACACAUUUUACACUUGUCCAGAUUGUACAAGUAUUCCGUCUAGUUCAAAAAACUAAUAAAGCAGAAUUGUAGCAACCUCCUCAACCACUCUAAUAAUACCGAUUGGAAACAGUGGUUGAAGUUUAUUAAUAAUUUUUUUAAUAGCUAUACAGUUGCUACAAUUCUACUUAAUAAACCACCUAACGACGUGCGACCUUAUUUAUCAGUCAAAAUAGGAAAUACAAAAUUUUGGGGGUUAUUAGAUUCUGGCUCAGCCGUCACCUUACUAGGCAAUAAUGCACACAACUUACUGAUAGAUGAAGGAUUUGCUGUGCGCACUGAUGAAAUAGUCUCUAUAACAGCAGCCGGUGGACAAAAACUUAAUUGCUUAGGAUAUAUUAAUCUCCCAUUUAAUUUUGAAAACAAUUAUUAUACUUUGAAGACAUUUGUAGUUCCUGAAAUAGAGACCUCUCUUAUAUUAGGUAUUGAUUUCUGGAAAAAAUUUAACAUAUGUCCAAAAUACAUCAACUGCAUUGAAUAUAAAAGAGAACUCACCGAUUAUUAUUCAAACACGAAUGAAUCAAUAUUAAAAUCUCAUAUACAUUCAUACGCAUCGCUUAAUGCCAACCAACGCUUGAUUGCUGACGACAUAAUUGAACAAUUUAAGGACGUUUCUUCCGAACGCAAGGGCUUAGGUUGUACUUCUCUUGUAUGUCAUUCUAUUGAUACGGGUGACACGAAACCUAUACGACAGCGUUAUUAUCGAAUGUCCCCUGUAAAGCAGCAAAUUUUAUGCCAGCAAGUUGACGAGAUGCUUUCAUUGGACGUAAUUCAGCCUUGUGAGAGCUCUUGGUCCUCUCCAAUCUUAAUUGUUAC